AUGGGCGCCGGUAGCUCCAAGCCUGACGCUUCGGCGGGCUCGAAACAUGUUUUUUCGAGCAGUGGCCCCGUCGAGUUCUCAUCUAACCUCGUUGACCACCUCCAAUCCAACACCGAGACGGACGCCUCCCGUGCAAAGAGCAUCGAACUCCAGAUCCAGGCCCGCGUAGCCCAAGAGCUCGAACGUCUCCGUCAACGCGAGCAGCAGACCAUUGCUGAGAUCGAGAAGCGCAUUGCGGAAUCCAAAGACACUGCUCCCUCGUCGUUCUCUUCCACACCAAACAUCAGCUACCCUCCUGGCUCGCUGAACCUGGAUGCUCCCCGGAUCCCCUUCGCGGGCCGCGAAUACACUCCUGCCCCUGUCCCCGAUGCGCAGCCCAUCAACCGUGAUGUGUCCCGUGACUCGGUAAACACCGAAAUCGAGGAACUGCGUGCUAAGCUUGAGGGCCGGAGAAAGUUGGUUCAGAUUGAUGAGAGCGUUGAGAAGGCCAAGUCAAAUGUCGUGAGCUGUUUGCGCUUGAAUGACCGCCGGCCUUUGGAUUGCUGGCAGGAGGUUGAUGCGUUCAAGAGGGAGGUUGCUAAGCUUGAGGAAGCGUUCGUAGACCGGGUCGUUGGUUAG